GUGGUUCCGGUGUGGAUGGCGGCCGCGGUCAUGGCGGCUGCUAACGCGGCGCGGGCCGGGCCUAGGGCCCGAGGCCUGCGGGGGUCUCUGCCACUCGUGGUGAUUCUUGGGGCCACGGGCACUGGCAAGUCCAAGCUGGCGCUGCAGCUGGGUCAGCGGCUUGGCGGCGAGAUUGUCAGCGCCGAUUCCAUGCAGGUGUAUGAGGGUCUAAAUAUCAUCACCAACAAGGUCUCCCCCCAAGAACAGAGACUCUGCCAACACCAUAUGAUCAGCUUUGUGGAUCCCCUUGUGAUGAAUUACACUGUGGUGGACUUCAGGAACAAAGCAACUGCCCUAAUUGAAGAUAUAUUUGCUCGAGAGAAGAUCCCAAUUGUUGUAGGAGGUACUAAUUAUUAUAUUGAAUCCUUGCUUUGGAAAGUUCUGAUCAAUACCAAGGGGAAAGCUCUUCAUUCUUCAGAGGAAAUGUGUAAGGAAGAGAAAGUGAUCGACAGGAAAAUAGAAUUGGAAAAAAUGGAUGGCUUUGAAUUGCAUCACCGGCUAAGCCAGGUGGAUCCAGAGAUGGCAGCCAAGCUGCACCCACAUGAUAAACGCAAAGUAGCCAGGAGUUUACAAGUGUUUGAAGAAACAGGAAUCUCACAUAGUGAACUUCUCAGUCGUCAACAUGCAGAAGAGGGUGGGGGCCCUCUAGGGGGUCCCUUGAAGUUCCCUAACCCUUGUAUUUUCUGGUUACAUGCAGAUCAAGCAGUGCUAGACCAGCGCCUGGAUAAGAGGGUGGAUGAAAUGAUAGCUUCUGGACUUUUGGAGGAGCUAAAAGAGUUUCAUAGACGCUACAAUCAGGAGAAAGUUGCCGAGAAUUGUCAGAACUAUCAGCAUGGCAUUUUUCAGUCCAUUGGCUUCAAAGAGUUCCAUGAAUACCUGAUCAGUAAUGAUCAGUGCAGUCCAGAAGCCAGUAACCUUCUCCUUACAAAAGGUAUUGAGGCGCUAAAACAAGUAACCAAGAGAUAUGCUCGGAAACAAAACAAGUGGAUUAAAAACCGCUUCUUAAGUCGCCCUGGAUCCAAUGUGCCCCCGAUUUAUGGUUUGGAGGUUACUGAUACCUUAAAAUGGGAUGAGUCAGUUCUGGGACCUGCUCUGCAGAUUGUGGGAAGCUUCAUCCAGGGCAAGCAACCUGUAGCCACUCCCAUAAGGUUGCAAUGUGAUGUAACUGAGAAUAAAAGAAGUCAUCACAGAUGUGAACUGUGUGAUAGAAUCAUCAUUGGGGACCGAGAAUGGGCAGCGCAUACAAAGUCCAAGUCACACCUGCACCAGCUGAAGAAAAGAAGAAAAUUGGAUCCUGAUGCUGUUACCACCUCGACAAGUCAAAGCCAUUUCCCCAAACCUGAUGAAAGAACUCCAUGAGAAGGGUUCCCCAGGGCAGAGGGAUCAAGGGAUUAUAUUUCCCAUUUGAGAAGCAGGUGGCCAGCCAGGUCACAAGCUGAUUGACCUCAGCAGCCAGAAAGCAGUGCCUACCAUGAGAGAGGAAGGAGGGAGGGGCUGUCAAGAGCAGGUCCUUCCAGAACUGAUGGGCUGCUUUGGUCAGAAAAGCAAAAGGCUUCAGAUGGACUGACUUGCUAACUCUGGCUAUUCAUGUUGGCCCCUCUACAUGGGGACUGGUAAUGGAGGACUUGGGGUUAGGGGCAGAGGGGUAUAGGUGCAAUUAUGAUUGAAAAAGGGUUUUUGUUUUUAUAGAGAUUCUCUUUUUGAAAAGAUACAGAAAAUGUUUUCUUCACUUUUCAGGAACUCCUGUGAAGCUGUAUCUGGUUUUUACCAGACAAAGACUGCAUACCUCCAAAACAAAGGUUUGGUUAGGAAAGUGAUUGGGACACUCAGUCUUCCUAAUCAGUUGUUUAAACAUUCAUUCAUUCAACAUUUGAGUGCCUACUAUAUAUAUAUACAUAUAUCUAUAUAUAUAUAUAUAUGUUUAGGGCCCUAUGGUGUCUUAUAGUCAAUUGUAGAGUUAUCUGAACCAGUUUCUAGUAUUUUAACUGGGAACAUUUGACCAUGGUUAUGGAAAUCAGGCUGGAAUCAGUGCAAUCAAGAAAAUGUAAGCAAAGGCCAGGAAAUAGGGCUAUUUAUAUUGAUGAAACUUUGCCUAUUAAAAGCUGUUUCAUUAUUUAGAUGGGAAGGACCUAAAUCCUUGACUAUAAAGACUUGAAAUACAAAUAUGUUGCAUGUGAGAUGUAGCCCAAUAAAAGUUGUCUCAUCAUCUCACUGAGAGUCUGGCUCCACAAAUUGAAUAAAGGAAGCCCUACAGAUAAUUCAAAGUCCUCUUUUUUGUUUAAAUGUAAUGUUUAUUUCCAUUGCUGUUGUGAACUGUUUGUAGUUUAUAUGAUAGCCUCUUGUUUGUGUUGGUUUAGGAAUAAAAUUAGUAAUUUCCACUGGA